AUGUUUGCCGGCCUCAAGACUGGCUCUUCUGUCUCGGAAGUUCUGAAUAAAUGGUUAUGCUUCGGUGUUGCAAUUGCACUAGGGACCUACCACUACUUUGCUGAUUUGAUUUUCGAUGAAAUCUACAUUACACUUACCAGCGGUGGCCUACGAGCGUUAAGGUACGUGGCUGGCCACGAAAUCUUCAGCAGACAUGUUACGACACUGUGGAUUGUACCGACCAUUUUUUGUGCGGACUACACGUGGACACUUGAGGAUAUUAAGCGAAUCGUUCAAUCGCAGGAAACUCUGGAACUUCAGGGACAACGCCUACGACUUCUCUCCAACUCUCGUCCUCCCUUCACGAUUCCCCCCAACCUUCUUCCUGUAAGGCAGCCGUUAGCCGCCUUCGGUACAACCCACACUCGGAUCGAAAGGCUUGAAACUUCUGGUGGGAUUAUGGUGGAUGAUGGACUAGACCUCACACCAGCGGAAGAAGAAGCCUUGACACCAAUUCUUCAACAACUGCAGCACUUGUCUGUUCGCAUUUCCUCGGCCCAUACCCAAGAUAGUGAGCGGCAGCGUUUACGCGAAGACGAAGAAGAAGUGGCGUUCCUGCUACAGGAAUCAGUGGUCUGGCAAGAAAGGAAAAAUCGCCUCGAAAGAGAGAAGAAGAGACUGCUGCCGCUCCUUGCUCAGGCAGCCCCGAGCUUAAAAACCGGCCUUGACCUGGCGGACGCACACUUCGACUGGAUCUCACAAGAGUUCAAGUUUUCUCGUCUAUCGGUCCUCUCACUGAGCCAAGUCAUAACCACUCCUCACCUGGAUAAGUGA